CUUCGGUUGCUCGUUCAACACAAACGCUAUACAGCACGCGCCUUUUGUAUAGACACAGCAUUGGAAAUCAUAUUUUGAAAGCCGCUAAACGAACGUGGUCGCCUUGACUGUGUGUGCUCUUUAUCGUUUAAAACCAAAUCGCGACAACAGUGCUCAUUUCAAUAAUUUUUAGUUUUAUUCUUCUCUGCAAAUUAAUUGCAAGUUUACGUUUGAUUUUAUAUCUUUUGAUUAAUAUACCGACGAAAAAAUGUUCUGGGGUUUGGUUUUGAAGACAAACAAACGCUAUUCACAGCAAGUAUCGAAGCCGUUUCAUGUAUCACAAGCGGUAUUGGAUUUAGGUACCGUAAAUCCAAAUGACAGUGAUGCUGUUGUUCAAGUUUGGCUUAACACAGAUGACACAGACCAUUUGAUCGCCAAUGUAGGCCGAAAAACAUCACAUGUUCAAUUGGAUCUUACAUUCACUGAAGGCGAAACUGUUGCUUUUUACAGCAAAGGUAGUGGCACCGUUCAUCUCACUGGUUAUUUGCUACCAGAAGAUGAUGAUGAUUUUGGCGAUUAUCCACCUUAUGGAGAAGAAGAAGAAAGUGACGAAGAGGUUGAAGCACCAAAAAAUAAACAAAAGGUUGACAAGAAACAAGUCAAAGUUGUGAAAGAUGUUGAAGAAGAAGAAGACGAUGAUGAAGAUGACAGCGAUAUAGACUUUGAAGGAGUUACCAAAGAACUUCUCGAAGAUGAAGAAGGGGAAGAUGAAGAAGAUAGCGAUGAUGACGACGACGAUGACGAUGACGAUGACGAUGACGAUGAGGACGACGACGAUGAAGAUGAUUCAGACGAAAUCGAAGCUCCGCAAUCCAAGAAGGCCAAAUUGGAAAAUGCUGGAAAACAAAAUGGUUUGACCAAUGGCAAGGUACCGAAGAAAGAACUUGAAAAACAAAAGAACCAACAAAAGGCACAAAAACAAGAUAAACAACAGGAGCAAAAACAAAAGCAACAACAGCAAAACCAACAACAAAAGAAGUCAACACCAAAAACACUCAAGGGCGGCGUAAUUGUCGAAGAUCUUCGCGUUGGUAAAGGUCCAGAAGCCCAAGCUGGCAAAAAGGUCUUCGUUUACUACGAAGGACGACUAAAAUCGAACAACAAAAUGUUUGACAGCACAAAAUCCGGCGAAGGAUUCAAGUUCACUUUGGGUCGCGGUGAAGUGAUUCAAGGAUGGGACAUCGGUGUUGUCGGUAUGAAAGUUGGUUCAAAACGCCGAAUCACGUGCCCACCAAAUGUUGCAUAUGGCCAUAAAGGUGCACCACCACAAAUUCCCGGCAAUUCAACUCUCAUCUUUGAUGUCGAACUACGCAACCUUAAAUAAGUCUGCAAGACUUCCACGUUUAUUUCCGUUGGAAAUUUUUUUCAUCGUUUCUUUUAAACUGACAUUCUUUACAAAUACAAUUUUUCUUUUAGUUGAACUAUCGACCAAGAUUACAAAUUAAAGCAUUAAACAACAUUUUUUUAAAUAAAAAAUAUAUGUUAUAACUAGUAUUCUGUUAAGCGUUUAUUACAAGGGCUUACGUUACAAAAUAUAAAAAAAAGUUUGUCUUCGAUGAGAGUUUGUUUUACUAGUUUCAAGCUCACUGGUUAGAGUCUCAUUAAGAAUGAAAACCAAUAGUUUACGACGUAAAGACGUCUUAUGAUUAUUUGACCCGUAAAACACAUUCUUUAUACAAUUUUCAUU